UAGACGCGUAGUAAAGGUGGCGGAUUUGUGUCACUAUUGGCUUUCCAUACAUUCAGGCCCAACAUGACAACAUCGACAGUGUCGAGCCGGGAGCAGAAAGCCCAGCAGCGGGCGAGGAUGAUGAAGCUUCGGCCGUGGGCAGCUUGGUUCCAGGGUCGGUAUGCGGUGCUGCUCGCUCUGUGUGCUCUGUGUUUUAGCAACUCUCUCCACGGGGAGCUGGUCCACGACGACGUCUGGGCUAUCGUCAACAACCCAGACGUACGACCAGGUUCCAGCCUGAGGAGCAUUUUCACCAACGACUUCUGGGGCAAGAGAAUGGCGGAUAACACCAGCCACAAGUCCUACCGACCCCUGUGCAUCCUGACCUUCAGGUUGAACAUCCUGCUUGGUGGUAUGACGCCCCUUUAUUUCCACCUUGUCAACGUGUGUUUGCACUGUGCUGUCACCUGCCUGCUUAUGUAUACAUGUGAACACUGCAUCUUCGAAAACCCAUGCUUAGCCUUCGUCGCUGCACUGCUCUUCGCUGUGCACCCUGUCCACACAGAGGCGGUAUCCGGCAUUGUGGGAAGAGCUGAUGUUUUGGCCUGUUUGCUUUUUUUGCUGACAUUUCUCUCUUAUGUUAGGAGUGUGGGAACAUGUUUUUCUGAGGACCUCCUUCCCUCCACAGCAUCUCUGUUUAUCAGUUUGUUGUUGGGAACCUGUGCCAUGUUGGUUAAAGAGACGGGUAUCACCGUGUUCGGAGUGUGCCUGCUGUAUGAUGCCCUGAUACUCUGCUGCAAGCCUCUCAUACAUUAUUUUUUUGAUUCAAGACUGAGUGGUCUCCCCCAACUCUGCAGCCACUUCUUAAAACGAGCUGGCCUCAUCUCUGGUUAUGUGGUGAUCAUCAUGUCUUUCCGGCUGUGGCUGAUGGGUGGCUCCAUGCCUUUAUUUUCAGAGCAGGACAACCCUGCCUCAUUCUCUCCUCAUUUGCUCACCAGGACUUUAACCUACUUAUACCUACUGUCCUUCAAUGCCUGGCUGCUGCUGGCCCCCAUCAUGCUUUGUUAUGACUGGCAGGUGGGCAGCAUUUCCCUGGUGGAAUCUGUCAGUGAUGUGCGAAAUGUCGCUACCAUGCUGCUGGCAAUAGUGAUGGUUGCUCUCAGCAUGCACUUCAUCUUCUCAUUGCAGUGGCAUGAGAACAGGGAAGUGUUGGUGGGACUGUUGUUCCUGGUUUUCCCCUUCAUUCCUGCCACUAACCUUUUCUUCAGAGUGGGAUUUGUUGUGGCUGAGAGAGUUCUCUACAUGCCCAGUUCUGGUAUCCAGACUCUUCCUCACAAUGCCAAAGUCCAUUACAAUUACGCCAACUUUCUUAAAGACAAUGGCCGCAACCAGGAAGCCAUACGCCACUACAACAUCGCCCUCAGGUUAUUCCCCCGUCAUGCCAGUGCCAUGAACAAUCUGGGCACCCUGACUGACAACCAAGAGGAGGCUGAACAUUACUAUCGGAAAGCCUUGGACACCAAUCCUCAACAUAACCGAGCUCUUUUUAACUUGGGAAAUCUCCUCAAGUCUCAGGGAAAGGAGAAWGAGGCUGAGGCUCUACUGAAGGACUCCAUUCGCUAUGGUCCUCAUUUUGCUGAUGCUUACUCCAGUUUGGCAUCACUUUACGCUGAGCAGAAACACUUUGCUAAGGCAAAGGAAGUGUAUUUAAAUGGUAUAGAAAACUGUCCUGACAGCCCCGACCUUCAUAACAACUAUGGAGUAUUUCUGGUGGAUACAGGAGAAGACCACCUCGCUGCUGCACACUACCGUGAAGCAAUACAACUCAAACCAGAACAUUAUGUUGCUAUGGUGAACCUGGGCCGUCUUCUACGAUCGUUCAAUGAAAACAAAGAAGCUGAGUCUUGGUACAAAAGGGCCCUGCAAGUGACCAGGAAAGUGGACAUCCUGACUCCUCUUGGAGUGCUGUACUACAACACAGGCCGCUUUGAGGAAGCUUUGCAGGUGUAUAGAGAAGCUUCAGUUCUGCAGCCAGACAGCACUGAAAUCUGGUUAGCUUUGGCUCAGGUUUUGUCCAUGGCUGAUCUCAACUCAGAGGCAGAAAAGAUGAUCUUGGACAUCAUAUCCAGAGAAGACAGCUGUAUCGAAUGUUAUCGUCUCCUCUCUGCCAUCUACAGCAAAUGUGGGAACUACACAGAGGCUCUCCAGGCUCUGGACAUGGCAUUGAAGCAAAAUCCCACAGAUUUUAGCGUUAGAGCAGAGCUGCAUUUCUCCAAAGGAAAUCACCUGAGAGAGAUGAAUCAGCUGGACCAAGCCUUCGAGAGCUACAAACUGGCAGUUGAACUUAAACCAGAUCAGUCCCAGGCCUGGAUGAAUAUGGGAGGGAUUCAGCACAUCAAGGGAGACUAUGCAGCUGCCAGGAUGUAUUACCAGCAGGCCCUGCUUUUAAGUCCUGGUUCCAAGCUUUUGAUGGAAAACUUGGCCAAGCUGGACCGGCUGGAGAAGAGACUGACAGGAGGAGCAUAACCACAACAUUUACCGAUUCUCCCAUGUCCUCCACGCAAGUCAGUGGAAAUAGAUGCCCUCUGUCCCAUGGAAGCCCAAACUUUAGCAACCAGGCUGUUAAAUCAUCUGCUAGCAUCUUCUUCUAAACACAGCAGGCCUGAGUGAGGGCAGAUGGGGAACAUGUCCUAUCAGGACUGCCACAAGUUAGGCUGCGGAGAGUCAAAAACACCAACAAAGCGACAGUCCAGAAUCAACACCAAUGAAGCUACAGUCCAAAAUCGCUUGUGCUCAACAAAAUAAAGAUGACUAAAAGCAUUGUCUACAUUAGCUUUACUUUGCCAUCCAGAUCUGCACAUAAUCACAUCAUGUUGUUCCUGAUGUUUAUGAAAAGCCAUUUCCUUAAUUGUACUUAAUUACAGAUUGUAAUACAGUCUUCUGCUUUAUUUUUAUUUUUUUAUCUACUUAUAACCAAUGGUUCUUUGAUUACUGUGUUCUCAAGAAGGGCUGGCCUGUGAAACCUUAAAAAAUAAGCUGUUCCAAGCUCUGAGAUUUGUUUUCCCUUGUGUUAAAUAAACUUUAACAACAAA